UGUCUGUAACACGCCGGUAGGGGGAGCCCUCGGACCAUCAGUCAAACGGAAUCAAGCCCGGAGAUCCAGCUGGUUAGGAAUAAUAAUCAAACACCGAGUCAAACAAUUCACCGCUGCAAAGAUGUCGGACGCCAAGCAAAUCGUGGCUCAGAAAAGUGCUAAAAUCGCAGCUGGAGCUGUUGUUUGUGUGGAGAGUGAAAUCAGAGGAGACGUGACCAUCGGUGCCAGAACAGUCGUCCACCCCAAAGCCCGGAUCAUAGCAGAGGCGGGGCCUAUAAUCAUCGGCGAGGGUAAUCUGAUCGAGGAGCAGGCGCUCAUCAUUAACAGUUAUCCAGAGAACAUCCUGCCAGACACAGACGGAGUCGAACCCAAGGCCAUGACCAUCGGGACCAACAAUGUGUUUGAAGUGGGAUGUGUUUCUCAAGCUUUGAAAAUUGGGGACAACAACGUCAUCGAAUCUAAAGCGGAUCUCGGCCGGAAUGUGAUCCUGACCAGCGGUUGCAUCAUCGGCGCGUGCUGCCAGAUCAACACGUGUGAAGUCGUCCCCGAGAACACCGUCGUCUACGGCUCAAACUCCAUGCGGCGCACACAAAACGAAAAGCCCCAGCCUCAAACUCUCCAGCUGGACUUCCUCAUGAAGAUUCUCCCCAACUACCACCACGUGAAGAAGACGGUUAAAGGAAGUGGUGCACUUUUGAGAAACUAGAAUCCAUCUGAAUCCAGGAGACGCUCGGAAAAUGACCUUCACUUGAGCACUUUACCUUUUUUUUGCUAUUUCCAAUUGAUUUUGCAAACUGUCAUUUUUUUCUAUGACAUAGUUUCUGCUGUAGAAAUUCACCUCUGUGUUGUGGGCGGAACCAACCGUGUGGAGCAACCCCGCCCCCCUUCCCCUCCAUGUUGGUGCGAGCUCUCGGUUAAGACGCUCUCCUGGUAGCUUACAGCCCCUCACACCCCCAACCUAACAUACCAGUGCAACAAAAAUGGCGAGCAAUAUUAGAGCUAUCCAGUUGUACAGUUUUUAGUCACAAAUACAUUUUUGUGUCUGCUCGUGAUUCACAGCUUUUUGAAUAAAUAGAUACCCAGAAAAGUAAUUUUAAGCUUUAUUUUAUUUAUAUAUGUCCAUAAAAAUGCCACAAGAACAUGUAAAUGUUAGUAGUGGGUAUUUUAAAAAAAUACAUUUUAAUCAUAUUUAUUUUAAAUUAUUUCAUACAAGCAUACUACCUGCUAAGAAAAUAUGAUUUAACAUCUAUUUAUUCAUUUAAACUUACUUGAUUGUGUUCAGCUUUGACCACAGAGAGGCAGGAUUGAGCAAGUUUCCAUCUUCCUCUCACUGUCCAGCCUUUGUUUUGUCAGAUGAUGCUUGUGUUCCUUAUUAGAUGGUAUAAAUGUAUGUCUGUAAAUAUAAACCUUUUAUUUUAAAUAUUAGGAUGAAAUAAAUGUACAUUUGAAAAUGUUCUGCCUCUUUUGCCAAUUUAAUUUAGAUAUUUGAUGUUUCACUUCAGUUUGCGUCUCACUGAACAUCCUUUGUUUGGGUCUUGUGAUUUUUAAAUAAAGCCUGGUACCUCUUGGG